UUUUAUCGUUAAACUUAUGUGGCCCAAUAGAAACCUUGCCAAGUGUACGUAGUUUUUUGAUUUUAGCCGCCACAUGCAUUGGUUACUGUGUUUUGGUGUCGUACUGUGCUUUGUUUUUCCUUCAAAAGUCACAUCCGCCAAAAGAUUUGAUGCGUCUAAUUGCGAAGUAUGCAUGAAAUUUUUGGGAUCCUUCAUCGAAUCACUACAACCCAGUGAUCGAGAAACUUCAGAAAAAAUCAAGGAAGCUUUCAUGAAAAAGUGUUCAACAUCAGUGGGGAAGGAUAAUGAUUUUUGCUAUCAUGUUGGGGGCUUGAAGACGUCAGCGGCAAGUACACUUAAUCGUCUAGUGGAUCCAAUUAAAUGGCAGAUGCCUGUAGAAAAGGUGUGCCAAAAACUAUUUGAACUUGACUCCCAGAUUUGCGACUUAAGAUAUGAGAAAGUUAUCGACCUUAAGGAGUUCGAUUUCAAGAAGUCAAAAGUCAGAGAUUUAAAGAAGAUAAUAGAAAAGUGGGGAUUGGAAUGUCGAGGUUGUUCAGAGAAAAGUGACUUUAUUCAACUCAUCAAGAGCAAUAUUCACAAAUAUGAUUCUGAUGCUGCAACUUAUUUGGAAGCAAGAAACGAACUUUGAACUCAUUCGUAACUCCUUUUGUACAAAGUUGUCACUAGCAGACUUUAUAGUUUUCAUAUUUUUAUUUGAUGUGACUUUAUGCUGUUUUGGGUUUGCUUAAUGUUUUUUCUUAACUUUUUACAACAAAUGGGCUUCUUGUAGGCCAGGUUUCUAUGUAUGAAGUGUAACCAUUGAAAUGUAUGGUGAAUUAAUAUCACUAUCGAUGCUUGUAUUUUUUUCUUUCUUAGUCAGGCAUAAGUGAUGGAAGGUGAAAUGCAGUUAUUAAGACCAUGUGAACUAUUUGUACUGUUCAAACUCAACUAGUUUUUUAUGGUUUGACGUUCUAUCUAAAGAAAACUCAAGGUUUCAUUUUGCGUAAUAUUAGCCCAGAGUUUCGGGGGAAAAUUCGUUUUGCCAAAAUUUAAGCCCUACAUCUUUCAUAAUUUUAUUGAUGAAUGUCAGACUUUUAAUGAAAGGAUAAAGGCAGUUACGUGCUCUGAACGACCGUGUUUAUCAAUGAACUCUUAUGAAACCAUUUUUAUUAUUAGAAACAGUCACAGUUUCAUAAGUGAAUUACUUGCAGUGGGUAUACUAGUGUAUUCGUUUUCAUAUCUAU